ACUGGGAUUCUAAAGCAACCAAAAUGUCAUACUUAACUCUACAAAAUCACCCAAAAAAUGUCAAAUGCUUAGUUUUGCUUGCACGACACAUAUCUUAUCAUAUAAAGACCCACGCUAAAAGUCUCUCUAUCCCUCCAAUGUCAGAUAUGGAAGCAGUCUCUUCUUGGGGAAACACGCAUCUUGACUCCGUCGAUCCGGAGAUCCACGGCCUAAUCGAGAAGGAGAAACGCCGGCAAUAUCGAGGAAUCGAACUCAUCGCAGCCGAGAAUUUCACUUCCUUAGCCGUCAUGGAAGCUCUCGGAAGUCCGCUCACAAAUAAAUACUCGGAAGGUCUGCCUGGUAAUCGUUACUACGGAGGUACCGAGUUCAUCGAUGAGAUCGAGAGUCUCUGCCGCUCACGCGCUCUCGAGGCUUUCCAUUGUGAUCCAGAGAAAUGGGGCAUUAACGUUCAGCCUUACUCUGGUUCCCCUGCCAAUUUCGCAGCCUACACGGCUUUGCUCCAGCCUCAUGAUCGUAUGAUGGGGCUUGGUCUGCCUUCAGGUGGUCAUUUGACUCAUGGUUACUAUACCUCUGGUGGGAAGAACAUCUCGGCGACCUCGAUCUACUUCGAAAACUUUCCGUACAAGGUUGAUUCCACCACUGGUUACAUUGAUUACGACAAGCUUGAGGAGAAGGCUAUGAAUUUUAGGCCUAAGUUAAUCAUCUGUGGAGGUACUUCUUACCCUAGAGAAUGGGAUUACGCGAGAUUCAGGGCUGUCGCGGACGAGGUUGGGGCUUUUUUGCUCUGCGACAUGGCUCACAACAGUGCCCUUGUUGCUGCUCAGGAAGCCACAGACCCGUUUGAGUACUGUGACAUAGUGACAACCUCAACUCACAAGAGCUUAAGAGGUCCAAGGGCCGGUAUGAUCUUCUACAGGAAGGGCCCAAAACCAGCCAAGAAGGGGGAACCCGAGGCGCUUCAAAGUGGUCCUCACAAUAACAAGAUCGGUGCUCUAGCUGUUGCAUUGAAGCAGGCUAUGGCUCCUAGCUUCAAGGUUUAUGCAAAACAGGUGAAAGCCAAUGCUGCAUGCCUAGCAAACUACUUGAUGGUCAAGGGAUACUGUAUUUUAACCGGUGGAACUGACAACCACCUCAUUCUCUGGGAUCUUCGCCCUCUUGGAUUAACCGGUGACAAGCUUGAGAAGCUCUGCGAUUUGUGCUACAUAACAUUAAACAGGAAUGCAGUAUUUGGAGACACUAGUUUUCUUGCUCCCGGAGGUGUAAGAAUUGGUACACCCGCGAUGACCUCAAGAGGAUUGGUGGAGAAAGACUUUGAGAAGAUAGGAGAGUUCUUGAGCCGUGCCGUGACACUCACGUUGGAGAUCCAGAAUCAGUACGGUGAGCUGACGGAAGACUUUAACAAGGGUUUGGUGAACAACAAGGAGAUGGAUGAGCUAAAGGAUGAUGUCGAGAAGUUCACAUACUCUUUUGGAAUGCCUGGAUUUGUCAUCUCUUAG